AUGGACAUCGAGCAGAAGAUUUCCAUCACCCUCCAGCAUGGCAACCACCGCGAGCUGGUGGUGAUCGAAAGGAGCGAGCAGGCGCAUGGUGAGGUCCACCUCUUCCGACACGACUACCUCUCACCCCAAAUUCUCCACCCCUUGACCUGCAUAACACAGCUGGGCAACGGAAGCGUCGUCGAGGUGAUAGUUGUCGAUCGGAACGAGGUGCCGACAAGGCCGCACAUUGUUGAGGUCAACACCUACCUAACGCCCACCUUCUGCGACUACUGUGGCGAAAUCCUCGUCGGUCUCGUCAAGCAGGGCCUCCAGUGCCAGCGCUGCAGAUGCAACUUCCACAAAAAGUGCGCGUUCGCGUCGCGGAACAAUUGUGCGCGAAAUACGUCGGUGGCGGGCCCGCCACCAGUGAUGCAGCAGCAAGCCUACGCCACGCAACAAAUGCCACAGUAUCCGCAGACGCCGAUGGAUGAUUCGCCCUCGGCUAUGGUGGCCUCUCCGUACGCCCUGCCCCACACGCUUGCCGUCCACAACUACAAGACGCUGACGGUCUGCAAGGUAUGCGACAAGAUGCUGUUCGGCAUCAUGAAGCAGGGCCUGCGCUGCCGGGACUGCAAGGUGAACGUGCACAAGAAGUGCGCCGCGCUGCUCCCCCAGAAUUGCCAUAUCGCCGACGGGUCCAUCACAGCGUUUGAGCAACUCUCAGUGAGCGAGCAACCGUCCGUCUCCCCGCAGGACGAGCCGUCCGAGGCGAACACCUCGAUCGACUCGGAUCUGAUCCCGCUCAGCCGGAUACCAGGCCAGGCGGCCGCCCGGCACGCCAACAAGCAGGCCCAUGAGGGCUGGAUGAUCCACUUUUUGCUCAACGAACCGCAGAGGAGAUUACGCCACUACUGGAUGCUGUCGAACAACGUGCUGUCGCUGUACAACGAGUACUCGGAGGGGGUCGGGGUCAACCCGACGAGGUGCUACCGGCAGAUACCGCUCUCGGAGAUACUGGCCAUUACUCCGUACAACGGCGAUCCGGUGGACCCGAGAUUUCCGCCGCACGUCUUCGAGAUGCGCACGACGUCGAACGCCGUCUACUGCGUGGGCGAGAACCUCGACUCGUACGGCGGACCCCCGACAAAAUUGCCGCGAGGGCAGGCAGCGAGGUCGAGCUCCUCGGGCCAAGUGUGGCUUGGCGUCCUGGCCCGCGCCCUUCAGCCCCCACCUUCUCGUAGCGACCCAGCAAACGCCGAGCCGGCUCUGCAAUUUACGGAAUUGUACCAGGUGCUGUCGGAGAAGACGCUUGGGGCCGGCCAAUUCGGGACCGUCUACACCGGAGUGCAUCGCCAGAGCGGCAGGGAGGUGGCCGUCAAGGUCAUCUCGAAGGAGCGCUUCUCGAAGAAGCCGAACAACGGCGCCGACACGCUGCGCUCCGAGGUGGCCAUUUUGCAGACGAUCUCCCAUCAAGGCAUCGUGCGCCUGGAAUCGAUGUUCGAGACGAAAGACAAGAUCUUCGUCGUGAUGGAGAAGAUGAACGGCGACAUGUUGGAGAUGAUCUUGUCGCAGGCCUCUGGACGACUCGACGAGCGUGUGACGCGCUUCCUCAUCCUCCAGAUCAUGUCCGCCUUACGGUAUCUCCACAAUAAGGGCAUCGCCCACUGCGACCUGAAGCCGGAAAACGUGCUCCUCUCCGAGCUCUCGUCCAACUUCCCGCAGACGAAACUCUGCGAUUUUGGAUACGCGAGAUUCAUUGGAGAAAGCCAAUUCCGGAAGACGAUCGUUGGAACACCUGCUUAUUUGCCACCGGAAGUGUUGCAGAAGAGAGGCUACAACAAAUCGCUCGAUAUGUGGUCGGUCGGCGUGAUCAUCUACGUGACGCUGUCCGGGACGUUCCCUUUCAACGAUGGCGAGGAGAUCAGCGACCAAAUCCAAAACGCCGCCUUCAUGUUCCCCCAAGAUCCCUGGGCCCAGGUCUCGCGUGAAGCCGUUGACCUCAUUCAGCGCCUACUUCGAGUUAACAUUGAGGAACGGCUCCACAUCGAGGAAUGCCUGGCACACCAAUGGCUCCAGUCCGGCGAGCUGUUCAGCGACUUGCGCGCGCUCGAGUUGAGGCUGGGCGGGGAGAGGUACCUAACCAAUGGCCAAGACGACGCCCACUACGCCCAGCUACUGCUACAGCAGCAGAGGAACGCCAUCGCCCAGCAGCCGUCCUUGCUGGAUUUG